CUUUGUCAGCCUUUUCUACAGUAAGUCUACCAAAUUCUCAGAAUACAAUGCACUGCUUGCAUUUUCUUGGUACUUUUAUAGUCAUGGUUAAUGCUUUAUUCUACUGCUUCUUACUUCAUGGACCUUCGAGAUUUCAAAAGAAUGAAUUUUUUAUAUUUGGGUAUAUUGCCUCUGAUUUCUCCUUCACUGAUAUUUUUGUUUUUACAUUUUUUAACUAUUUAUUCACAUGGUUUACCAUUUCAGGCUUGAAGAAGUUGUGCAUUUCCCUUCAAUUUACAAUCUGGAAUUUUACAGAAUUGACAAGUUCCUUUGACCGGAGAAACAGUAAAGUCUGAAUUGUAAAGCCCAUACCAGUCUUUGUUGUUCUUGGUUUGAAUCAUGGCGACCUUAUCCCAUUCAGAAUCAAAGCGAUUGUAUUCUUGGUGGUGGGAUAGCCACAAUAGUCCGAAGAAUUCAAAAUGGCUUCAGGAAAAUCUUACAGGUAUGGAUGCCAAAGUAAAAGCAAUGAUCAAGCUCAUUGAAGAAGAUGCAGAUUCAUUUGCAAGAAGAGCAGAAAUGUAUUAUAGAAAACGUCCAGAGCUGAUGAAAUUGGUUGAAGAGUUCUACCGUGCUUACCGUGCACUAGCAGAGAGGUAUGAUCAUGCAACUAUGGAGCUCCGCCAAGCCCAUCGAACCAUGGCAAAAGCAUUUCCGAACCAAGUGCCUCCUGUGGUAGCUGCUGACUCACCCUCAGGCUCUUCAGGUCCUGAGGGUGAGCCUCACACGCCAAAAAUGCCACACCCAGUUCAUGCAUUACAUGACUCAGAUGACUUGCACAAGGAUGCACUGGGACUCUCCUCGGCCAGCCUGCAUGCCGUGAAAAGCAACGGUGAAUAUCUAGAAGGAUCAGACUCUGGAGUUAAAAGAAAGGGUUUAAAACAGCUUAAUGGCACGUUUGAAUCAGAAGCAAUGGUUUCGAAACUUUCAGAAGGAAAGAUGAGAAUAUACCCAAACAUCCAAGAAAUGGCGGGGGACAAAACUGAAGUUCAAAACUUGAAGAAAACCCUUGCAAAGAUUCAAACUGAAAAGGAAGAUGUUCUUCUUCAAUACCAACAGAACCUGCAGAAGUUAUCUGACCUAGAAAGAGAACUUAAGAAAGCUGAAGGGCUUGAUGAACGAGCAAGCAGAGCUGAAAAUGAAGUUAAGAUCCUGAAGGAAACCGUUGUUAAAUUAGAAUCUGUGAGGGAUGAUGGUCUUCUUCAGUACAAAAAAUGUUUGGAAAGAAUAUCUAGUCUGGAGAACACAAUCUCUCAAGCACAUGAGGAUGCAAAGGGACUCAAUGAAAGAGCAAUUAAAGCAGAAAUAGAAGCUCAAAAUCUCAAGCAAGAACUUUCUGCAGUGGAGGUGGACAAGGAAGCUGGUUUUCUUCGGUACAAUCAGUGUCUUGAAACGAUAUCAGUUAUGGAGAAUAAAAUCUCGCUUGCAGAGGCAAAUGCAAAAAUGCUUAAUGAGGAAACUCAGAGAACAGAAACUGAAUUUAAAGCACUUAAGGAAGCUCUUGCUAGAUUGAACAAAGAGAAAGAAGAGGCAGAACUCCGAUAUGAGCAGUGUUUAGAAAGAAUAGCUAAAAUGGAAUGCGAAAUUUCUCGUGCCCAAGAAGAUGUCCAAAGACUCAACAGUGAAAUUCUGACGGGGGCGGCAAAACUGAAAGAUGUAGAAGAACAGUAUUUUCUUUUAGAGAGAUCAAAUCAAUCUUUGCAGUUGGAGGCAGACAAUCUGGCACAGAAGAUAGCAACAAAGGAUCAAGAACUUCUGGAGAAAGAAGAUGAACUGGAGAAACUUCAGACUUCGCUGCAAAAUGAGCGCUCGCAGUUUAUCCAAAUUGAAGCUGCUUUGCAAACUUUUCAGAAGUUGCACUCUCAGUCUCAAGAGGAGCAGAGAGAUUUGGCGCAAGAGCUUCAGAAGAAACUCCAGCUUUUGAAGGACUUAGAGGUAGGCAACAAUGACCUGCAGGAAGAUCUCCAAAGGGUUAAGGAAGAGAACCAAAGUCUCAAUGAACUAAACAGUUCUUUUAGAAGUUUCAUAAUGAAUCUACAAAAUGAAACUUUCAGCUUGAAAGAAGUGAAAGAAAAACUCGAGCAGGAUCUUUCCUUGCAAGAGGUCCAAAGUAAUUCCCUGCAGCAAGAGAUCCAACAUUUGAAGGAGGAUAUUGAGCACUUGCAAGAGGAGAACUUGAAGCUAAAAGACGUCUGUGAAAAGGACAGAGAUGAAAAAGCAGCUCUCUAUGAGAAGUUGAAGGACAUGAAUGAGCUUCAGGAGAGAAACGUUGCUCUGGAGAGAUCUCUAUCAGAAUUGAAUAGCAAGCUUCAGGAAUCAAUGAAGAGAUAUACAGAAUUCCCUCCAUGUCAGUACUGUGGAAAAACGAAUCAUCCUCACUUCAAAUGCUGGAAAAAGCCUGAGAUGAGAGGCAGAAAGCUGAAAUCAACAGGAGAAGUGAAUAAAGAACGUUAACACAGUGGUCAAAGAAGUACUUGGACGCAUAUUUUUGUAGGGGGAAGCUCUUUUGGGGUUUAAGGUUGGGAUUUCUUCUUGAAAAAAAAAAUAUUUUUAAAUAUCAUUGAAAAAAUAA